AUGUCAGAGAGUCUGGUGGCCCGAGUGAAGGCCUUAGAGGAAGAGGUUGAGAGAUUGAGAGCACAACUGAAAGAGCAGAAGGACGGAGCAGCUUCGAAGAACUAUGAGACAAACGUUCGACCCGAACCUAACCCUGCUGUGAUGGACAGCCAUGGGUCUAAAGGUACCAGACAUAAAGGGAAAAGAGGAGGGCAGGAGCGUCCGUUUAACUUCUCUGCUCAUCCACGGCGGCAUGUGGCACUGCGGUUAGCCUAUCUCGGUUGGGAAUAUCAGGGUUUCGCUGUGCAGGAAAAUACGGACAAUACAGUUGAAGCCAGGCUUUUUGAAGCAUUGCUGAAAACCAAGCUGAUUCCGGACAGACAGAGCUCAAACUAUCACCGAUGUGGACGCACAGAUAAAGGAGUCAGUGCUUUUUCUCAGGUCAUAUCCAUCGACUUGCGGUCCACUCAGUUCUGUGGGGGACUAGGGGUGACCGUCCCAGAAAACACUGAAGCCAGUGCCAAAAGCAAGCCUGACACAGCAGAGCUGCCUUAUGUGAAAAUGCUGAACAGAGUUCUGCCUCAGGACAUUAGGGUGCUGGACUGGGCCCCUGUGGAAGCAAACUUCAGCGCGCGCUUUGACUGCCAGUCCAGAACUUACCGGUACUACUUUCCCCGCGGUGACCUGGACGUGAAGUUAAUGGCUGAGGCAGUCAAACGGUAUGAGGGGACUCAUGACUUUAGGAAUCUGUGUAAGAUGGACGUGGGUAAUGGAGUUCUCCAGUUCCAGAGAACCAUCCUGUCUGCCUCCGUCAUGCCCACCCAGCCCUGCCACGUGACCUCCACUGACCCCUAUGACCUCUAUGUGUUUGAGGUCAAAGGCCUUGCCUUCCUGUACCAUCAGGUUCGCUGUAUGAUGGCAGUACUCCUUCUGAUUGGACAGAAACUGGAAACUCCAGACAUCAUUGAUCAGCUUCUGGAUGUUGAAAGCAAUCCCAGAAAGCCUCAGUACAGCAUGGCGGUAGACUACCCCCUGGUCCUGUACCACUGCCACUUUGAGGGUGUGAACUGGAGGAGAGAGUCAGAGGAGAUGAGUCUCGUCCUGAACUCUCUACAGCACCACUGGACCCAGUCUGCCAUCAGAGGCCAGGUUCUGCAUGCCAUGAUCCAGGACUUACACAACACAGGUGGGGGUCCAUCACUUCAGUGCUGCCUCAUGGAAGGUUCAAGACAGCGUAACUACCGUCCCCUGCUGGAGAGGCCCCGCUGUGAAAGCCUGGAAUCGCGGAUCCAGCAUUUUGUGAAGAGAGGAAGAUUAGAGAGAGAGGAGGGAGAGAACGGAGAAGAGAGUGUUUUUAGGGGCAAGAGGUCCAAAAAUUCACACCAGUCUCCCCAAACAGAGGAGAUGUCCUCCACACAACAGCAAGACCAGAGCUGAUUUUACUUUAUUUUACUUUUUGUAAUGGAGGAAUGUUC